AUGUUCAAGGCCCUCAUGGGCGGGGGCCGUUCCUCCUCUGACGUCCGCAGCAGCACCAGCUCGAGCUCAAAGAGUGGCAGUCGGCGCAAGUCCAGCCAUGGCCACAGAUCCUCUGCUUCGUCUACAGUAAGCCGAAAGUCCUCUUCACGGGGUGACGACCGUGACCGGGGCUUGGGCGAUCUGUCGGCGUAUCCGGCUGCCGGCAGUCGCAGCAGAAGCGCGCGCUAUGCGGAGAGCGCAGCUGGGGAGUCAGUGGCGUCGAGUUAUGCGACUGCCAGGCCGAAUAACGACUCGGUCGAUCGUGUUUAUACUGAGCGGGAGCCGAAGCGCGAGGAGUCGGAAUAUGAGCGCGACAGCGAUCGCUAUCGAGAUGACCGUGACCGAGGCCGAGACCGAGACCCAGAUAUUGACUACGAGAGAGAGCGCAGGAAGGCUAGGCCGGAUAGGGAGCAUUCGAGGGAGAGAGAUAGGGAUAGUCGCCGUCGCGAGCGCGAACGGGAGCGGGAGCGGGUAUAUUCUGGGGAUAACUACUAUCCCCCCAUCGCGAGCAGCGCGGUGCCUGCGCCGUUCGACCCAAUACAGGCUACGCAAGGUCCUCAGUUUCCCAUGAAUUCCGUCUCUGUUCCUCCUGCGGCGCCUGCGGCUCCUACGCCGACUAUUUACGAUCCCCACGUUCAACAGCAAUUCCCCGGACAGUUCCCGGCCUCCUAUGCCGAGCCUUACCGUCCUCCCAACCCUGCCGGUGAAGCAGCCGAUUACUAUAAUGACCAGGGACAGUCCGUUCAAGAGCAGCCGGGGGUUCGACCGAAGCCUCCGCUUGUUAUUCCGAAUAGUCAAGCGCAUUUGAUGACAGCCUCACCUACCGCAAACCCGCCUCCUGAGCCCAGCAGUCUUGGUGAAGUCGGAGCCGCUGCAUCAUAUUUCGCCAAUGAUCCUGCGCUUGACAUUGAAAAUUCUGGUCAUUCUAGCUCUGGCCCCGAACCCAGGCCCCCCAAGCCGUCGAACUCGUCGCAGCCACCAUACCACGCGGCUCAAGCAGCAGGCGCCAUGGGAGCAGCAGCUGCAACUGCGACGUAUGGGGUGGGUAACUAUUCUCCCGAACAUGUUCUAACCGAAUCACCGGCGGCUUACGUUCCUCCUACGUCCACUAACGGUAAUAAGCCGCCCCAUACCCAACCUCAUUCCCAUGGUGUCGGUGCUGUGCUUGGUGGCGCCGCAGCUGGGUACAUGUUGAACCAUCAUCACCAUUCAUCUUCCAGUUCAGACCACAUUUCUCAGUACACACUGCAGAACCCGGACGACGUGUCUCAGAUAGGUCCAGGAUACUCCAGUGCGCCAUUUAACCCGACUCUAUACACUGCUGGGGCCGCAGGCGCUGUAGGCGCUGCAGGGGCUCCAUACGCCGCUAGUCCUCUGCACCCGCACCACGCUGCGAUCUACCAUGCAUCACCCUUCCAAGGUGGAGCUAUGGCGUUUCAGCAACGCCAACGCGGCCCGCUAGACAAGUUUAUCGAUUUCUGGCGUGACCCGGAAGGUGUUGGCAAGUUCGAAGAUUAUACCGAAGCUAUUGGAGUCUGCAAAUACUGCUUUGAACCUGGUACAACUUCGAGGGAUGCACCGCGAACUCACCACUACAGACGACGCCGGUCGUCAGAUCGCCUCAGUGGUGGUUCUCGAGUGGACAAAUUCAGCCGCUACACAUCUUCGGAAGACGAAGGCCGGCGGCGAAAAUCAAAAUCAUCUUGGCUACCAGCCAUACUUGGUGGAUAUGUGGCCAAGUCGCUCUUCGACAGCAAGGACUUUGACGACUCGUACAGCGUCAAGUCUGGUCGUGUCGCGGGCGCCUUCUCUGAAAGUGACUCUAUAUCAGACAAAAGGAGCAAGACUUCACGUGGUGUUUACAAGCAGCUGCACCGUAGCCACUCGCGGGAUAGUUUUGGAUACCGUGACCAGAGACCAAGCCGCUACGAAGGGUCACGAAUCAAUGGUCGGGUUCAGUCCAGAUCUCGAUCUUCAUCGCGAGCCAACCGUCAUACUCUUCGCGAUGCCGCUAUUGGAGCCGCGAUUGGCACAGCAGCCGCAUCGGUGGUGAAAUCUCCAGGCGAACGGAGACGAAGCCGUGGUCGCAGUCCUUCUCCGAAGAAGUCUAGGGGCAGAAAGUCAUCUUCCUCGUCUGGUUCGUCUUACGAGAAUAUAUCUCGGCCCCCUAAGAAGAUAGCCGGUGGCUUCGGCUCUUUUUUCACCGCAUCCUCUGAAAAUCGCAGCAAGAAGCGACAGAGCAAGAGGAGCAAGAGUAUAUUUUCCUUCUACAACUCGUCUUCGUCGUCUGUUGACAACGAUCUCGCUUUUGGAAGCGGAUAUGCAAAGAGGUUAAUAGGAAAGUCCAAGAGACGGAGUUCAAAGGAAAAGAAAGACGUCGACGCGAAACUGCUGGCGCUGGGCGCUACAGCAACCGCGCUCGCUGCUUCGUCUCCCGGCCGCAGUCGCCGUGUCGGGGAAGUAUUUGUUGGCCAAGGUUCGCGCUCCGGUCGAUCGGACUAUACCUCCUCCGCUAGCAACGAUGACGAGUGGGAGGACAUGGAUUCGGAGGGACAGGCGUCGAGCGUCAGUUCCGCCCUGGCAUUCGGCACAAGUGGACAUUUUGCGCGUGAAGACUCCCACUCGUCAGAUUCGUCUAGUUCUGGAUGGGGCUGGGGAUGGGGAUCAAAGAGCAAGAAAACGAAGAACAAAUCGAAGAGGCGGCCAAGCUCGCCCAAAGACCGCUUCCCCGCUGGUACUGCUACUGCCGUAAUGACUGGAGCAUUGGGGGCAGCGUCUUCUGGGUAUCAUCGAGGAGAUAAGGAGUCUAGCACGAGCUCAGCGAGUCUUCAACACGUGGCCCCAGUACCUACUUCGGAUCCCGCCCGGUACGAUGCUAUUCCCAUCUCGUCUUUUCCCCCUUCCGAGCCGCAACUAGUUCGACCAGGUGCUAUUCCCCUUCAGCAGCCGCAGCCUGUCACACCUGUUUCCCAAGCAGUCUAUACCUCUCAGGGAGCACCGAUUCCGCCCUUCACUGCGCCCUUCACUGCGCCCAUUAUUCCCACUUCUGAGAACCCUUUCCCCUCUUAUGAAUCUCAGUCGCGAGACGCAGAUCGGAGGAUCUCUGGCUAUGGUGAUGGCACCAGUGAUGUUCCGGUGGUGAAAAGUCAUAAACGAAGCGGGUCUACCCCAGUGAUCCGCACUGAACCCAUCCAAUCUGCUUCUGAGCCCGGUCUGGGCAUCAAGCACCGCUUCACCGCUAAAGAUCAGACCUCCAUUGUCCAGUUUGAUUUGACUCGCGAGCAGGAGGAUAAAGAGCGCCGUGCAGAAGAUCUUGAACGGUUGAAGCGUGAUUUAAGGAGCGGGGACCGUAUUGAACUGAUUGAUCGAGAAGGCGAUUCCCAGUAUGCGCCUGCGGCAUACGAUCCGCCCAGAGACAGUCAGCCUGACUGGAGGCGUGAACGUGAGCGAGAGCGAGAACGAGAACGGGAGCGUGAGUAUCUAUAUGAGCGCGAACGUCAGCGCGAGCGCGAGCGUGAGCAAGAGCGAGAUAGGAGCGAAAGACGGCGCGAGCGUCGAGAACAACGACGAGCAGAACGGCGCCAAGCAAGCGGCUCUUCAGCUUUGUCUUCACUUGCGGAAGAACCUCCUAAGCGCCCAGACGAACUUCCUGAGCAUGCAGAACCACGAGAAAUAACGGAGGAACGGGCGAGCUCAACCAGUCCCUCGAAUGAUCAUGUCAAAACCUCUGCCUUCCGUAAUGUCAGUCGCAGGAAGUCGGUAUAUGAUGACUAUGCCACGUUCUUCUACCCCGAAGAGCUCCGCCACAGCCCUGAUUCUCACUCUCGACAAGAAACACCUACAAUGCCAACGAUCGUUGAGAUUGUCCCAGCCAGCGAAAGAGCCGAGCCGCCACCCCCAAAUCCAAAUGCCGAUUACGAGCCGCCGACCGAUUUCAAGGACUUCGACAGACUUCCAUGGCCCGUACCUGUUUUGAGAGUCAUUGAGCCAACGCCGCCCCAUAGCUCCAGUGGUUCCGUUAGAGGUGCACCUUCGCCUGUUAUUACACCUUCGGAGUCUGCUGAAGCUGAAAAGGAGUUGGAACGACCAAAUGCUUCCCGUGUCUCCUGGGGCGAGCACCACACACAUGAAUAUGAAGUCCCGUCUACGUCUUCCGAGCGCAGCUCCGUCGAUCUGCACGAACGGCAACACGGUUUCCUUCCUAAGGCUUCUGUCCAUGACGAUGAUAUCGGCUACUCGUACAUUGCUCCCUCUGAAGCCCACGUGGAGGACGUGAACGAGGACAUCGAAUUCGCUGCCACUGUUGCAGCCGCAGCCCAGGCGGCUGGCUUCGAUCCUGCGCUUGUAACAGAGGACCCGAUCUUCCGUACACGGUCAUCACCUCCGGGCUCUCAGACGAGGGAACGGUCUAUCUCCCCUACGACUGUGGUUUCGGCGACGGCGAGUCAGGAGCCUCCUGCUACCCAACAAUUCCGUGGUUUCGUGGAGGGCGAAGUCGACAGCCCUUCAGCUCCAAAAUCACAGUUCUUCUCUGAUCCCAGCACUGUAAUCUUCGACAGACCGUCUCCUUUUGACAAUCAACCUGAACGGACCUGGGAGGCUGACCGCCCAACCACUAUCGAUCAGCCUGUAGUUGAGCAUGUCGAUAAAGCUGAGACGGGUGCUGGCGAUAUUGCCAAGGAUGUUUCUCGUAGCGUUGCGGAGGCACACGAAACUCACGAGGGAUCGUUUGCCGAACGCAGACAAGAGUCCGAGUCUCCCAAUGAGGAAGAGUGGUUUAUGCCGGGUGGCUUUGAACCUGAGGAGUCGAAGAUUGAGCAACGCAGUACCUCGCCAACGGCAAAUGUUUCUCAAUCAAAAGUUUCCUAUUCCAUUCCGGAAGAGAGGGAGCCUGAGGCUGGACCUGAGCCUCUGAAGCGAACCGAGACCGAAGGCACCGAUGAUUUUAAUGAUACCCCCGAAGCAGCUAUUUAUGACGAAAACGAAGGCGAGAAAAAAAAGAAGAAGAAGAGAAGAAAGAGGCGUUCAAAGGGAAGUGACGCGCCCGACGACUCAGCCUCAAUGACUUCCUCCGUGCUCACGGAAAGCAGCGAGAAUCGCAAGAGCACAGAUGACAAGAGCAAGAAGUCUGGCGGUUUCUUAGCCAGCUUGUUUGGCUCUCGAGUAUCCGAGCCAGUAGACAGCAAGAGAUCAGGAUCCACCGAGAACCUUGUUUCUGGCGAGGCGCAAAUGGAAAUAGCCCCGACCACAUCUGAAAGCUCGCCGCAUCGUACCCACCGGCACCGAAGCUCUAGAGAUCUCAGAGACUUUAGCCGAACAGAGUCUCUAGAUGGCAGGCGUCGUCAUGAUGAUAGCGACCGUCACCAUGAGUUCGAGCUACACCGGGCGGAGAGCUUUCCUGUGGAAGGGUCCAGGGUUUCUGAGCCUACAACGCGCAAGCGAUCCAGUUCCAUUGACAGGCUUGCAUCGCGCGAUAUCCAAUCCGAAAUCGGGACGCACAGAUCAGUGAAUGCUGACUCUCCACGCCGACGCCGACACCACCAUCGCGCUUCCAGCGGUGGUGACUCGUUAGAUGGGAGACGGAAGUUCGACGACCUCGGAUUGGACAAAGACGGAGACGGAGACGGAGACGGAGACGAUGCAGACAAGGAAAAUGUGAACCUAGAAAGUUAUAAGUCGAGCAGGCAGCGCCGGGAGGAAAGACGGAGACAACGAUUUGGGAAUGGCGAUGGGAAUGGAGAUGGGUACGAGAAGGUAUAG